CGGAGAGUUUCGGGCUGUUUUCCGUCGGUGCCAUCCUCGCUGGGCGAUCUGGGCGAGCGUGACGUUAGCAACCGAGCGGAGGAUGCCAACCUCCUUUUGUUUUGCGUGCGCUUGAACGAGUGUAGACCGCCGUCGCCUUAGCUGCCUUUAUGAGCGACGGCGUCUCAUUUCUGGGAGGAAGGUUUUCGUAGCCACUCCGGAUAGGUUUGUGUUGUGCGCCUCCGAGUUUAUAAGGCGGUGUAUUUUUAACCUGGAGAGAACAGGUAGAUGCAGGGGCGACAGGACGCGAUAUUAAGAAAUCCGAGGUGGUUUUUGCGCAACCCGUGCGGGCACCCUCUUGUGUUUGCCAAGUGCGCGCUCCAAAGGCACUGGUGGCAUCGGUAGGUGGAGAAGAGACGGCCGAUCUGAGCGAGGCAGCUCUCUGGCCUCUCACUGAUAUAGGCGACCUUGUCUCCUUCGCAUAAAGUGCGGGGAAAGGGGUUUGUGCAGGGAAGGCGGUUUUUCCGGGUUUUGUUUGCGCAGAGGGUGAUUCCGAAUCGUCGCCAGCUUUCCUCCUCCUCCUCCUCCUCCUCCUCCUCGGUCGGAUGCGGUCGACCUUCUGCAAUCGCAUCUUUCCUGGAGCUUGAACACAAUGAGGUGGGCGGGAGAUGGCGUUGCCGCCUGGCUGGAGUGAGGCUGGGCGGGCCCAGCCGCCGCGUCAGCUCUGCUCGUUCCCACCGACGUGUCUCCCGAGCCUGGUAGCUGCUCUUGCCUUGAGCCGAGGACGGGGGAGGCACGGUGGGCAUGCUGCGGCUCCUUCCUGCCCCCGUCCUCCCCGGUGAUUCGCGCUCCCGUCGAGCUGCUGACGGCGUCCCCCCGAGCUGGGCAAGGCGCUUAGGGCAAAGGGAGGCUGCAUGACUGAGAAGCGUCCGCCGAAAAGAACCGGGCUGCCUUUGUCUUAGCUGGGAGGAUGUGGGUGAACCCGGAGGAGGUGCUGCUGGCAAAUGCCUUGUGGAUCACGGAGCGGGCCAACCCUUACUUCAUCCUGCAGAAAAGGAAGGGGCACGGAGGAGAUGGAGGCAGCGGCGGGAUUACUGGACUUCUUGUGGGAACUCUCGAUGUUAUGUUAGAUUCAAGUGCAAGGGUAGCACCGUAUCGCAUUUUGUACCAAGCACCAGAUUCUAUGAUAUAUUGGACUAUUGCUUGUGGUUGCUCAAGAAAAGAAAUAACUGAGCAUUGGGAAUGGCUUGAGCAGAAUUUACUACAAACGCUUUCCAUCUUUGAAAAUGAAAAUGAUAUAAACACUUUUGUCAGAGGAAAAAUACAGGGUAUCAUCGCAGAAUAUAACAAAAUCAAUGGUAUUCGGGAAGAUGAUGACACUGACAAAUUUAAGGAAGCAACAGUGAAGUUCCACAAAUUGUUUGGGAUGCCAGAGGAAGAGAAACUUGUGAAUUACUAUUCCUGCAGUUAUUGGAAAGGGAAAGUCCCACGUCAGGGCUGGAUGUAUCUCAGCAUUAACCAUCUAUGUUUCUAUUCCUUUCUCAUGGGUCGAGAAGCUAAACUUGUCAUCCGAUGGGUAGAUAUCACCCAGCUUGAGAAGAAUGCGACUCUGCUGUUACCUGAUGUGAUCAAAGUUAGCACAAGAUCCAGUCAGCAUUUCUUUUCUGUAUUUCUCAAUAUCAGUGAAACAUUUAAACUAAUGGAACAACUUGCUAACAUAGCUAUGAGGCAACUUUUGGACAAUGAAGGCUUUGAGCAGGACAAGUCACUCCCCAGACUUAAAAAGAAGUCUCCUAAAAAAGUAUCUGCCUUAAAACGGGAUCUUGAUGCCAGGGCAAAAAGUGAAAGGUACCGUGCUUUGUUCCGGCUUCCAAAGGAUGAAAAACUAGAUGGACAUACAGAUUGCACUCUGUGGACCCCAUUUAAUAAAAUGCAUAUUUUGGGUCAAAUGUUUGUGUCCACAAAUUACAUUUGUUUCACUAGCAAAGAAGAAAAUCUCUGUAGCCUCAUUAUCCCACUUUGGGAGGUGACGAUUGUUGAAAAGGCAGACAGCUCAAGCGUCUUACCUAGUCCAUUAUCUAUCAGCACUAAAAAUAGAAUGACAUUCCUCUUUGCCAAUUUGAAAGACAGAGACUUUCUAGUGCAGAGAAUUUCUGAUUUCCUCCAGAAAACUACUUCCAAAAUUUAUUCUGAAAGAGAGAUUUCUGGAAGUUACAACAGUUCAGAUGAUGAGGUUUAUUCAAGGGCAAGCAGCGCCCUUUCAUCAAGCCCCCAGAGAAGCCUGAACUCCGAGGGGGAUGGAGACCAGCACUUCAACUUGAAUGGAAACAGCAUCCCAACCGUGACACAGGCACUAAUGACUAUGUAUCGCCGGCGUUCUCCAGAGGAGUUCAACCCUAAAUUAGCAAAAGAAUUUUUGAAAGAAGAAGCUUGGAAAAUGCAUUUUGCUGAAUAUGGCCAAGGUAUCUGUAUGUAUCGUACAGAGAAAACAAGAGACCUUGCAUUAAAAGGUAUUCCUGAAAACAUGAGAGGGGAACUCUGGUUGCUCUUGUCAGGAGCAAUUAAUGAAAUGGUUACCCAUGCUGGCUAUUAUGAAGACUUGGUAGAGAAAUCCAUGGGGAAAUAUAAUCUUGCAACAGAAGAGAUUGAGAGGGAUUUGCAUCGCUCUCUUCCAGAGCACCCUGCAUUCCAGAAUGAGAUGGGUAUCGCUGCUCUGCGGCGAGUGCUAACUGCAUAUGCAUUUAGAAAUCCAAAUAUAGGAUACUGCCAGGCCAUGAAUAUUGUUACAUCAGUCCUGCUUUUGUAUGCAAAGGAAGAGGAAGCAUUUUGGUUGCUGGUGGCUUUAUGUGAGCGCAUGCUGCCAGAUUACUACAACACAAGAGUUGUUGGUGCUCUGGUGGAUCAAGGUGUGUUUGAGGAAUUAGCUCGAGAUUAUAUCCCGCAACUCUAUGACUGUAUGCAGGAUUUGGGAGUCAUCUCAACCAUCUCUCUCUCGUGGUUCCUCACACUCUUCCUCAGUGUAAUGCCUUUUGAAAGUGCUGUUGUGGUGGUAGACUGUUUCUUCUAUGAGGGUAUAAAGGUGAUAUUCCAGUUGGCACUAGCUGUGCUUGAUGCAAAUGUAGAGAAGUUGCUGAACUGUAAAGAUGAUGGUGAAGCUAUGACUGUGUUGGGAAGGUAUUUAGACAGUGUGACCAAUAAGGACAGCACCUUGCCACCAAUUCCUCACCUUCAUUCACUACUGAGUGAUGACAUAGGGCCUUAUCCUGAAGUAGAUAUAUUUAGGCUCAUCAGAACUUCCUAUGAGAAAUUUGGCACUAUUAGGGCAGAUUUGAUUGAACAAAUGAGAUUCAAACAGAGAUUGAAGGUCAUCCAAACCCUAGAAGAUACUACCAAACGAAAUGUAGUACGAACCAUAGUAACUGAAACUUCAUUUACAAUAGAUGAGCUUGAAGAACUUUAUGCCCUUUUCAAGGCAGAACAUCUCACUAGCUGCUACUGGGGGGGCACCAGCAAUGCCACUGACCGUCAUGAUCCAAGCUUGCCUUAUUUGGAACAGUAUCGCAUAGACUUUGAGCAGUUCAAAGGAAUGUUUACUCUUCUCUUUCCUUGGGCAUGUGGAACUCAUUCUGAUGUUCUAGCUGCACGCUUGUUCAGAUUGCUGGAUGAAAAUGGCGAUUCCUUAAUUAACUUCCGAGAAUUUGUCUCUGGACUUAGUGCAGCAUGUCAUGGAGACCUUACUGAGAAACUGAAACUACUUUAUAAAAUGCAUGUUUUGCCAGAUCCAUCCUCUGAUCCAGAAGAGCCAGAUUCAGCAUUUGAAGCAACUCAGUACUUUUUUGAAGACAUUACACCAGAGUGUACGCAUGUUGUUGCUGUAGAUGGAAGGAACAAACCUGGAGCUGAAGAGGGAUUUGUUAAUGUGAGUUUGAAAACAGAAAAAGUAGGAAAGAAGAAUUCUCAAGAAAAUAAAAACUGCCUUAAAAUCUGGAGUCAAGAGAAUAAAUCCAAAGCAAGAAAUGCAAAAGACUUACUUAAACUAAAUCAGGAGCAAUUUAUUGAACUGUGUAAGACCAUGUAUAACAUGUUCAGUGAAGACCCCAAUGAACAAGAUCUUUACCAUGCAACUGCAGCUGUGACAAGUUUGCUUCUAGAGAUUGGUGAAGUUGGUAAGCUAUUUAGUGACCAAUCUAUUAAAGAGCCUGAGAAUAGCAGUAAAGCCAAUCAGAAUGUGCUGAUUCAGAAGAAAGGGAGCCAAGAGUACCGCCUUGACCAACAUGAUCAUUUUCAAAAUGGUUUUCUUGAUGACGAGGAGAAUAUUUGUGGUGACAGUUCACAGAUGGAGGACGUUAAGCUGGAAGAUUCUUCUCCUAGGGAUAAUGGAGCUGGUUCUUCCAUGCUUAUUUCCGAUGAUGAUACUAAAGAUGACAGCUCCAUGUCUUCAUAUUCUGUCCUGAGCGCAGGUUCUCAUGAGGAGGAAAAGCUGCACUGUGAAGACAUCAGUGAAGACACUGUUUUGGUACAAAGCAGCAACCCCACUUCUCUGCCGAGAAGCAGUAGUAUUGACAGAGACUGGGCUAUCACCUUUGAGCAGUUUUUGGCUUCCCUGUUGACUGAACCAGCACUUGUGCGGUACUUUGAUAAACCAGUAUGUAUGAUGGCAAGGAUUACUAAUGCUAAGAAUGUGCGGAUGAUGGGAAAACCCAUAAUAUCAGCAAGUGAUUAUGAAAUCUCUGCUAUGUCAGGCUAAAUGGACCAGAUAGGGAGGGUUUUUAAAAAACAUUUUAGGUUUUUGAACUAUUUAUUAGAGCCUGCACAGGUUCUGAUCUUCUCAAAAUCUGUUAGUUUUUGUUUAUGUAAAUAUGUUAGAAUGUACAUCCAUUUUACUCUGAAUUAUUAUUUUUUUCUCUAAUGGGAAACAUCACCAAAAUGCUUGUCUGAGUCAGUGGAUGGGAAAUCAUUGUCAUUGGUAUAUGUAUUGUGAGUCGUGCUAUCCCUGGAUAAAUAGUGAAAAUUUGUUCAGUUCUAACUUAAUGAACACUAUUUGUGUAUGUUUUUCAGACAGGCCUGAAAUCUCAGAAUGAGGAGGGAACCUGAAUAACCUAGAAGGGUGCAAGCACAGAGUAUGCUACAAUGUGUCCAUAGAGUUCCUUUGUAGUGUGAUAUUUUUAAAACUUGGCAGAGGUAGCACUGUGUUAGUGUGCCUUUUGUGUGUACAGAGCUGCUCCUCUCUAAAAUAAAUGAUUGGGGAAAUGGAAGGGAACUCGCAUGUUUGCACUGGAGCUGCUGUGCCUGUACAAAAUUAGUAGAUUAAGAAAGAAAUAGAAAGGGAUACUGUCAACUUGUUUAGGAUUCAAAAGUAAAUUCUGUGCACCAGUCCUGGUGGGUGUCUCUUCGUAUAAUUUUUUUUAAGAAGGCUUGUUAUUUUUUAAAUACUUUUUAAAACAUUAUUCAGGGAUACUGCCAGGAACUUUUCUUGAUACCUGUCAACAUCCUGACCUAAACAAUUCAUGGUACCCCUUUUUUUAAAAAUGAGACUUUUUAAAAAAAUCUGUAGAUAAUUCUGUCUUACUGAUACUUUAAUCCUAAACAUUACCAUAAACCUAGUGUACUGUAAAUCAUAAAUUCAUAACCAAAUUGCAUAAACCUUCAUUAAAACAGUUACUAGCAAGAAUGUAACCUGUAAAAAAAACUGCAAGAAAAUGUAAUCAAAUGUUUGAAAAUCUUAAUGAAUGAAACUGUCACUUUAUUAUAGAUAAUUAACAGAAUACGUUGAAUGACAAAUGGAGCACCUGCACUUUGAAUCCUUGCUUACUUUUCAGAACCAUUAAAUGGGCACAGCCCAGUACUAGAAAACAUGCAUUCACAUACCCAAGUAAUGACUGUAUGCCAAUGGAGCUGUAUUCUCCUCUUUGCAACCUGUCUGUUCAAGGAGGAGAAGAAAUAAGGCUCUAAUUAAUCCUACAAAAAUAAUCUCAAUAUGGGCACAAUACCCAUGUUAGGACAGGAUUGUGUCCAGUCUUUUUACACAUUCAUAGAUGAUUGAACAUGAGUAAUUUUUAUCUGCUUUAACUUUGUUUACUGUCUUCAAAACAGUUAUCUGUUUUAUGUAUUGUAUAUUAUCGUAACUUAUCCUUUCUAAAAUUAAAACAUGGAUUUGAUUCUAAUUUAAAGUAUUUAACUGCCUGCACUGGUUUUAACUUCAGUAGGAAAAGCUGAACAAGGUUUUUGCUUUUUAAAAAAGACAUUAAACUAAUACCUGAAGAUAAA